CGCCCUCAUGUCAGCCGCAAAGAAAAUGAUCAGAGAUGAAUCGUAACCCAUAAUAUUUUCCUCGCACUCGUCCUUUACGCACACCCGGGACGUGGCUCUGUUGUGUACCCUGAAGUCUGAUCAGUCUUUUACGCAUACAGCCUAGUUGCACUUUUUUGUCUUACCUGUGACUUUUCUCAAAAAGGGACAAAUAAAAAGGGAGCGGACAUGAAGAAGGGACUCACCGGACUGUCCACAUGUUGGUUUCUGCUGAUGCUGAUUCAUUGUUUGACUGAAGCGGAUGCAGCCUUCACAUGCAGCUCUUCUCAGUUUAAGUGUGGAAAUGGGAGGUGCAUCACUCGCAGGUGGACUUGUGAUGAAACUGAUGACUGUGGUGAUGGAACUGAUGAACUGCCUGCCACCUGUGCGGACAAAACCUGUCUGGAGACAGAAUUCAAUUGUGGUGCCCCAAUGAAUCAGUGUAUACCAGGAGGCUGGCACUGUGAUGGCAAAGCUGACUGUAAGAAUGAGGCUGAUGAGAAAAACUGCACGGCUAAACAAUGCCAAGACGAUGAGUUUCGCUGUAACAACGGCCAGUGCAUAUCCACAUCAUUUGUUUGCGACAGCGACCAUGACUGUUCCGAUGGUUCGGAUGAGGUGUUGUGCCCCAAACCCACCUGUAACUCCCGGUCCUUCCAGUGCAACAACUCAGUGUGUGUGCCAGCACUGUGGCGCUGCGAUGGAGACAGGGACUGCCUCGAUGGUUCAGAUGAGUGGCCACAAAACUGUGCGGGAAGGGACACAGAGAAGAAGGGACGCUGCAGCUCCCAAGAGUUCCAGUGUGCCAAUGGGGAGUGUAUCCAUAGCAGCUGGCGGUGCGAUGGAGGCAUGGACUGCCAGGAUCGCUCAGACGAGUUCAACUGCAGCCAGCCUACUUGCCGUCCAGAUGAGUUCCAGUGUAAAGACGGCAUCUGUAUCCAUGGCAGCCGCCAGUGUGAUGGUGUCGCCGACUGCCCGGACCUCACUGAUGAGAAUGGUUGCCACAUAGAGGAAAGUGAAUGUGAGGGCCCCAACAAGUUCAAGUGUCGCAGUGGGGAGUGCAUCAGCAUGGAGAAAGUGUGCAACAAGCAGAGAGAUUGCAUUGACUGGUCUGAUGAGCCUGUGAAAGAGUGUGGCACCAAUGAGUGCCUUAAAGAAAACGGUGGCUGCUCCAAUCUUUGCAAUGAUCUGAAAAUUGGCUACAACUGCUCCUGCCCUGCUGGAUACAUCCUGAUGAAUGACAAAAAAACAUGUGAAGACAUCGAUGAGUGUGCUGAGCCAGACACUUGCAGUCAGAUCUGCAUCAACCUGCCCGGCAGCUACAAGUGUGAUUGUGACAAGGGCUAUGAGAUUGAUCCUGUGACUAAAACAUGCAAAGCAGAAUCAGGCACAGUACCCACCCUCUUCUUCACUAACAGACAUGAGGUGAGGAAGUUGACAGUGGACCGCAGAGAAUACGUCCAUGUGAUCACACAGCUGAAAAACGCUGUGGCUGUGGACAUGGAUAUACCAAACAAGAUGAUCUUCUGGUCCGAUCUGUCGCUGAAGAAAAUCUACAGCUCCAAGAUAAAUGUGGCCAGUAACUCUUCUCACCAUAAUGUUGUAAUUGGGAGUGGCACUGAGGCCCCUGAAGACAUUGCGGUGGAUUGGAUCCAUGGUAACAUCUACUGGACUGACAGCGUUUUGAAGACUAUAUCUGUGGCUACGACAGAUGGCAGUAAGAGGAAGACCCUAAUUUCAGAAAGGCUGGAUAAGCCAAGGGCCAUCACGAUUGAUCCAGUUAAUAACUUUAUGUAUUGGACUGACUGGGGUGAGGAGGCUAAGAUUGAGAAGAGUGGACUGAACGGAGCGGAUCGUGUUGCCUUGGUAACAGACAACAUUGUGUGGCCAAACGGCAUCACCCUAGACCUGGUCAACCGCCGUCUGUACUGGGUGGACUCCAAGUUGCAUACUCUCUCCAGCAUUGAUGUGAAUGGAGGGACUCGACACACUGUCAUUUUUAAUGAGGAGGUGCUCUCCCACCCACUCUCCCUGGCUGUCUUUGAGGAUAAAGUAUUUUGGACAGACAUGAGCAACAAGGCCGUUUUUAGUGCCAGCCGCCUUACAGGAAAGGGUAUCACCAAGCUGGCAACAGACCUGGCCCAACCAGAGGACAUUGUCCUCUACCAUAACCUCAAGCAGCCAAUUAGCACAGACUGGUGCAGAGAGAGUAACAAUAUGAAUGGAGGUUGUGAGUUCUUAUGCCUCCCUGCUCCCCAGAUCAACCCCCAAUCUCCCAAAUAUACAUGUGCCUGUCCUGACAACAUGACAAUGGGAGAUGACAUGAGGAAAUGUGCAACAGGUGCAGUUGUCCCUCCUACAAAAAGCAAAACUGCUGUGCCUCCCUUGACCAACACUCCCAAGAAACUUCCUACGACCACACUGCCCAUCCGUACCACUACCACUACUACUACAACUACUACAGCCAUGGCUACCUCAGUUAAUACACAGCCUGUCCCCACUGCUCAAGGUAACAGACUAGACGCUUUACCCAAAGAAGCCCACCCCGUCCACCCUGUUGCUCUCUAUGUUGUGUUGGCUCUAGCAGUCCUGUGCCUGAUGGUCUUUGGAGCGGUGUACCUAUGGAGAAACUGGCGUCUGAAGAACACAAACACCAUCCACUUUGACAAUCCGGUGUACCAGAAGACAACUGAGGAUGAAGUACACAUUGGCAGGAAUAGUUCUGACAGCGGCUUUGUUUAUCCUCAGCGACAAAUGCUGAGCACGGAGGACAUGGAUAUUGCAUGACCUAAAGAGAACAGUAGCUUGAUUGAUUGAUUUUUUUUUUCUUGAUGGAGACAUGAAGAAAAGGCCCAGUUUUUUCCAACCACUGCUGCUUAACAAACCUUUUCCCUUCCCCCGUGACCUAAUUUUGUGGCUUAUGAUUCUGACCUGUGCCGUCCAAGUCUGCAAAGAGAGCUGAAGAAGAAACAUAAACCUUUGAAGCUUUAGUGUUGCAAAAUGCAGCAUCACAACUCAAGAAGCCAUUUGGUCAGACCCCGGAACAGUUUUGCAAUGAAGGACUAAUGUAUGGAUUCAGAAGAUGUUCUUGAUCUCAGAGCUUUGAUGAUGAUGUUUUGAUGUCUAUUUAUGUUCUAUUUAAACGUCCUCGUUAAGAUGCAGGUGGUUACUUUGGUUUGCAAACAACAUAUAACCUUUGGCUGUUGAGUACCUAUUAUGUUCUUUGUUUGUGACUUUAACUUGAAAAACUUGAUCUUCACUGUCAGCACACACGUGUUCUUUCCAGUCACAUGUUGAUAGCUCAAUGAGCUUAUGUACAUACAGCAAAUGCUGCAUUGAUUCCUCCACCCUCCAGACCUCUGGCACUAUCAUACAAUAUAUUUAGUCGCAUUAACGGUUUCCUUUUGUGUCAAGUCACCUAAGAAUGUAAGAGAGUGAGGAGAGUCACUGAUGGUUUAUAUUGUCAGUGAACAAGCUGCUGAGUUUUCUGAAGUCAACCAAAAAUGAAGAACAUUUUCUUGCUUUAUUGUUUUAAUGAAGAUGGUAAAGUACAAAGUGAUUGUAGCUGAUUCCUUAUCACUGUAAAUAGCUUCUGUACAUAUUUUGUAAAACACUUGUUCGUUCACUCUGGUGUUGCCUUUUGACUUUUGUAACUGAAAUUUUAAUCAUGAAAUAAUGUAAAUAUGUAACAGAUUCCUUUUUAUUUAUUAUUGGAAAUAUAUGAGAGAAAGUUUUUGAUUGUUGUCCACUUGCUCUAAAUAGAGUAAAUACUGUAUAUUAGCACCAGACAAAGGGAGGUGUUUGGUUUCACCAAACCCAGGCUAACCUUUACAUUGCGCAGCUGUUAUUUAACUUAUGCCAGCAAACCUUAGGACAACUGAUCUGUUUCCUGUGUGAGUCACUCCAUCAGGUUAACAUUUGUGUUAUCGUUUGUGUUACAUUGUCCCAAAGAAAUGUUGAAGAACCUCUUUGUUCCCCACACCAUUGUUUGUUUUCUUCAGUCAUGAAUCCAAUAAUUUAUUUUGUUCCUGAUUCUGCUGUCAGUAUGUCAGAUGUUUAGUUUUUACUGUGGGAUUAAAGCACAUACUUUUGUCUGCAAACCAUGAUGUUCUCCUUCACAGAAAGAAUAUACUGUGUGUGUACUGCACAGUGGAUGAACAUUGCUUGGUUCAUUUUAAUUUGUGAUGUUUUUUGUUUGUUUGUUUGUUUUUUUUAGAAUAAAAUAAAAUAUAUUCACCCACAUAGAAGGCCAGUUUUGCAGUUGCAUGAGGAUGUAAAUAAACUUGGACAUCUUAAAUAAGA